UGUUGUAUGCAUUCACGGAUGGGAAGAUUGGGAACAAAGCAAAUACGUAAUGAAGAAGAUAAAAUACAAGUUGAAUUUCAUGGUAAACGACCAUUGUAUGUUUUUUUAUUGAUUAUGAAUAAUACCGCUAAUUCGUUAUAGUGUAAAUCUUCAAUGGUAUUACGAUUUUACUCCGUAGAUAAACAUAAGCCGUUUAGUAAAGAAAGUAAUUGAGAGUUCGAGACCCAUUCACUUUCUACAGCAGCAGGAAAGGGCAUGUAAUUGCUUGUUUGCUUUCCUUUAUUGUCAAAAAAAAAAAAAAAAAAAAAAAAAAAACAGAAACCUAAGUUAAGUGGACCCCAACCCUUUUUUCUCUCCUCAAAACCUUAAACCCUCCACUUCUCCAACAUUCCACUAAACAAUGGCGCACAAAAAAACCAAAACCACCGCCGCAACCACCACAACCACCACCGGAAUCCAGAAGAAGCGCGACAAACGCAGUAUAUCAAACCUUAAAACCAAAAAAGCCAAAACCGCCGCCGCCGCCGCCACCACCACCGGCGACGAACGCAGUCAAUUAGACCACGUUCAACAACUAGGUCAACAACUCCUCUCCUCAAAAGCUCACACCAACAACCUCCAUCUUCUUCUCACUUACAUCUCCCCUUCUUCUCCUCCUUCUCUUGUCGUCGAAUCUCUUCUCUCUCUUCAAUCCUUCUUCCACCUCCACAUCUCCACUCUUCCUGCUUCCUCCAAUGGCGCCGCCGCAAACUCCGCCGCUUCCGACCCCGAUGUCAUUUACCGCACUUGGCUUCGCUCUAAGUUCGACGACCUCGUCAAGUCGUUGCUUCAUAUCGCGGUUUCUCCUCUAUCUGAUGAACUUGUUCGUGUGAGUUUCUUUGAUUCGAGUUUCAUUCGAGUUGGUGAGAUUGUAUUGGAUACAUUAAUGGAGUUUGUGCAGCUUGGAAAUGGCGAAAAGUUUUAUUCUGCUUUAUACCAUAAGCUUAUUCAGGCAAUUAUUUGUUCGUCAUUGGAAGCUGAGUUCUUACUCGAAGUCUUAGCUUCAAAAUAUUUCAAGUACGUCGAUGUACGCUACUUCACCUUUAUUACAGUUGAAAAACUCUGUAAAACAUUGGAGUCCAACAAUAGUUCAGGUGACAAAGCUGGGAUUAAAGACAAAGAUGAUUCAAAGGCAAGUCUAGAGUGCUCAAUAAAGAAAAUCCACUUCAUCUUAUCUCACAUUCCUCCUUUGGGCAACGUGGCCGAGAAUGAUGCUAUUGAGAUGUGGAGUAAAGGUUUCUUAUCUAAAGAAGGGGAUCAGCAGGAGGAUGCUAAGCAUACAGAAGGGAAAAAUAAACAGAAAAAAAGAGAGAAAAUCACUAAAAAUGAUGUUCCUUUGGGCAGUGUCUCUAAAAAGAUGAAACUAAAGUUUACAAAGGCAUGGAUGUCGUUUCUUAGGUUACCACUUCCUCUUGAUGUCUACAAGGAGGUGCUUGUUAAUCUGCAUCUGGAAGUCAUUCCUUAUUUGUCCAAUCCUGUCAUGUUAUGUGACUUUUUGACAAGGUCCUAUGACAUCGGUGGAGUUGUCAGUGUCAUGGCUCUAAGUGGUCUUUUCAUUCUUAUGACUAAGUAUGGCUUGGAGUAUCCAAACUUUUAUGAGAAGCUUUAUGCUCUUCUGAUACCUUCUAUAUUUAUGGCAAAACACCGUGCGAAAUUCUUUGAGCUGCUCGAUUCCUGUUUGAAAUCGCCACUUCUUCCUGCAUAUCUGGCAGCUGCUUUCACAAAGAAGUUAAGCAGGCUCUCUCUUGCAGUCCCUCCUUCUGGGGCACUGGUUAUUAUUGCUCUGAUCCACAAUCUUCUCCGGAGACAUCCAUCAAUCAACUGUUUGGUUCAUCGGGAAAUUGGUGAAGAAACAAAUAAGGAUGACACAAAAACUAAGCAAGAGUCUGUUAGUUCUGAUGGAAAUGCUGGUGUAGGCUCUGAUGUGGCCAGUGAAAAAGGUGUUGAUCUGUUCAAUAAUGAAGAACGUGAUCCUCUAAGGUCAAAGGCCAUGAGGAGCUCUCUAUGGGAGAUUGAUACACUGCGCCACCAUUAUUGUCCGCCUGUAUCAAGAUUUGUUUUGUCACUUGAGAAUGAUUUGACAGUGAGAGCUAAAACUGCAGAAGUAAUGAUUGAUGACUUUAGUUCUGGUUCAUAUGCUACUAUAUUCAGGGAGGAGAUGCGAAGAAGGGUAAAGAAAGUUCCUCUUGCUGAUUAUGCAAAAGCAACACCUACCUCUUUGUUUUCAGAGUCUGAGUUCCCCGGCUGGUCUUUUAAAUAUGAUGGAACCAAUGAGGAGGUGAAGACUUUUUAGAAUCUAGUACUGUUGUAAAAAUAUAAUUUUAAUUUCUAUAUUAUAUGGAGACCACAUAUAUUCAAAUUUGAUGUAACCAUAUAAUAAAUUCCAAUGUAGACAAAUCCCAUGUAUUCUUCACCCGGAUAAAUGGUAAAAUGUUUUGUAUGACUACCAGUUGGUGCUGGAAAGUGGAAAUCUGUUUUUGUAGGGCUUUAGGAUUACUGGAUGAUUGGAAGCCUUAAGUUUAGUUUGUGCAAUGUGCAAUACACCAAUAGGUCCAGUACCA